UGCUCCCACUGCUGCCUUAUGUAAAUGCCAGAGGGUCAUCUUCUUACCAAGCCUGGCAUAUAAUAAUAGGCCACGUGCAUAAAAUAUAUCUAUAUACAUAAAUACUCAUAUGUACAAAUGUAUGCGUACCUUAAAUAGCAACAAAAGCUUAGAGCUGAGUGAAAACGAAAGCUUUCUUCCCGUUACAUGUCAACAGCUGAUUUUAUCUAAGGAACACACCAACACAUUCUCAUGUAUGAACACAUACACAAGUGAACGCACAGCUUUCUUCAUUGAGGGACAAACAUAGAAAAUAAUAAUGGCAUUAAUACGUUGCUGCUUUGAACCACCCGAGCUACCGGAGUUUUUCGAUAGCUUUGUACAGAAAUGCACCGAUCCCAGUUGUUGCUGCGGCUGUUGCUCGGCACUGCGACCGCGCUAUAAGCGCCUGGUUGACAACAUAUUCCCUGUCAACCCAGAGGAUGGGCUCGUCAAAUCGAAUAUGGAGAAGCUAACAUUCUAUUCGCUUAGCUCGCCCGACAAACUGGACCGCAUUGGCGAGUAUCUCUACCAGAAGGCCACCAAGGACAUCAACCGCAAGCGCUACAAACUAGCCGAGAUUGCCAUGGAAGCCAUGGAUCUGCUGCUACAGGCCUGUCAUGCCCAAACAACGCUCAAUUUGUUCGUUGAAUCGUUUUUGCGCAUGGUGCAAAAACUGCUCGAGGAUUCUAAUCCGAAUUUAAAAAUAAUGGCAACUAAUUCGUUUGUUAAGUUUGCUAAUAUUAACGAAGAUACGCCCUCGUAUCACCGACGUUACGAUUUCUUUAUCUCGAAGUUUUCGUCCAUGUGUCACAGCGAUAGCCAGGACUUGCGUGAUAGCCUGCGACUGGCUGGCAUCAAAGGACUACAGGGUGUUAUACGUAAAACAGUAUCCGACGAUCUGGUCGAGAACAUCUGGGAGGCACAGCACAUGGAGAAGAUUGUACCUUCACUGCUGUUCAAUAUGCAGUCGGGCGAUCUAACACCUGUUGAGGAUGCCACCAAUGUGACGCCACCUGUGCUGGCAGAGGAAGUGCUGCGCGAGCUAGUGGGUCGUGCGUCCUUUGGACACAUACGUAGCGUACUGAAGCCGCUGUUGACCCAUUUGGAUCGGCAUGAACUGUGGGUGCCCAACACGUUUGCUAUACACACAUUCCGUAUUGUUAUGAUUUCCAUACAACCACAAUAUUCCUACACCGUGGUGGAGACACUCAUGCAGCAUUUGGAUAGCAAUUUCAAGUCAUCGCCCAAAACACGCACCUCCCUGGCGGUGGUGCUGUCGAAGAUCAUUGCCAUUGCGGCCGGCGAGAGCGUGGGGCCGUCUGCACUGGAUAUUAUUAACAAUCUGUUGACCCACUUGCGUACAAGCGUAAGCACAACCACUGAAAUAACACCGGAGGAGUCGCAAUACCAGGAGGCGCUUAUCAAUGCGCUCGGCGAGUUCGCCAAUCAUCAUCCGGACUAUCAGAAGAUCGAGAUCAUGUUGUUCAUCAUGAACACGGUGCCCGAUCUAUCCAAGAAUAGCAAAAGCGAUCAAAUGUUGCAGAACAUAUUACUCAAGUCCCUACUCAAAGUGGGCAACCAGUAUAGCACAGUAUCCUUCGAGAAAGCUUUUCCUGCCUCGUUCCUACAACCGCUGCUGCGAAUGGCGCGCGCACCACACGACCCAACGCGCAUGAUUGUGAUGCAGAUCUUCCAGGCGCUGCUCGAUCGCCAUCAAAAUGAGAAGGUGCUCAGCAACGUGAGCGUGAAGCCGUAUCCUGCACUAUCACAGGAGCCGCCCUCACGGUCUGACAUCAUAUUCACGCAUAAAUAUGGCGCGAAUAUUAUGCAGGCGCUGAUCGAUAGCAUGGCACUAUCCGAUCGCGUUGAUUCCCUAACUGCUAGUUAUAAUACAGCAGCGCUUCUCAUUGUAGAAAUGUCCUGCAGUGAAACAGUUCAGGAGUUCUUGCUGUUCAUAUUGGGAAUUCAGCAAAUGGCUUGCACUGUGGAGACCCUGGGCGCGGUGCACAGAUGCAAUUUACACUCCAUUUCCAUUGCGCUGCUGGUGCUCAUCUCGCGUGUCAGCGGCAUCAACAACCUGUUGGAAUAUGCACAAAAGAUUAUUGAGGCGCGACGCGAAGAGGCUAUAUACUAUCUGCCCCCACUAUUGGAGCCGAAGAAGGUGGUCUCAAAGAAUCUAAACUUAUCGCUGCCUCAUCUGUCCAUCGAUAAAUUAGCACUGGGUGAAUACUUGCAAAAUGCAGGCAUGGACGCACAGCGCCUCAAUACUGGAGCGCCCUAUACACUCAACCAGGCUGAUAAUCCAGGACAUCGUCACUCCUGGGUGGAAUCGGUUAGCACGCACAUGACGCAGCGUAAUAGCUCCGCUGACUUAACACUCUACAACGGAGAUGUGGACAGCGUGAAUAGCUCGCCAGGUGUCUGCAAGAAAUCGCUAUCGCCCGAAUACAACUUCGAUGCAAUGAAACGAGCUUUAGCCGAACCAACAGAGGCGGCAAAGCGAGAGCAACGCGAACGACAAAUGCAAAUUGUACGCACCUUCCGUGAAGGUGAAUUCGACGAUUUAAUACGACGCACUGAACCGAAGCAUGAUCUUAUUCAAAACCGUCUAAACGAGCUCUUCAACUCACUGGCCGUGGAACGUCAGAUAACGCAAAGCGAUAACAAAACAGCUCAAACCAACAGCGAGAAGCCCGUCUAUGAGACGAAAUUUCCAGAGCUGUUCUACUACUAAACAAAGAGUAUAUAUAUAUAUAUUAAAAUAUAUAGAAUACUUCCAGUAACCUGGUCAUGGAACAUGGAUACGAAAUAUGGUAUGGUAUUUAUAGCACAUAGCGAAAUUGUUUGUUUGUAUAUUACACGGGCAGGGAUAUAGAUAUUUUGUUUGACCGGGUCAAUUUAAAUUAAAGUUCUGUUAUUACAAUACGCUAAUAAUGUUUGUUACAAAUAAAUAUAUAAUAUAACAAAGGAAA